UUGAUGGAUGUUGAAUUCAAUGUGACAUAUAUAACUCUGGAGGGGCAUGUGGAGGUGCACAGAUACAGAUAUCUUUAUUUUGUGAUCAUGUUUACAGUGUAUGUUCUGAUCCUCUGCAGCAAUUCCACUAUUGUGAGCAUCAUUGUUAUUCACAGGAACCUCCAUGAGCCUAUGUACAUGUUCAUUGCUGCUUUGAUGGUUAACUCUGUUCUUUAUAGCACCAAUAUCUACCCCAGGCUUCUGAUGGACUUUCUAUCAGAGAAACAGGUCAUAUCGUAUCAAGCCUGUCUGUUUCAAAAUGUGAUGUAUAUGACUUUGACCUUUUCGGAGUUUUCCCUGUUGGCAGUCAUGUCCUAUGACAGAUACGUGUCUAUAUGUAAACCUCUGCAAUAUCCAACCAUCAUGAGAAGAAGUACUGUUAAUGCCUGUCUGGUUUUAUCUUGGCUUCUGCCGUCUUGUGAGACAGCAGUGGGAUUUUUUCUCUUUUCUAAAAGCAAACUCUGCCGAUUUACUUUAAGGGGGAUUUUUUGUAACAACUCAAUUUACAAUCUUCAGUGUGUGAGCUCGAGCGCUCUAUCUGUUUAUGGAGUGUUCAUGUUGCUUAAUGUGUCACUCCUGCCUCUUGUCUUCAUACUGUUUACAUACACCAGGAUCCUGAUAAUCUCAUAUCAACAUGGCAGAGAAUACAGGAGGAAAGCGGCACAGACCUGCUUACCCCAUCUGUUGGUUUUAAUCAGCUUUUCCUGUUUGAUUUAUUUCGAUGUUGUUAUAAUUCGUCUUGGAUUAAAUAUUCCCAAAACAACUCGUUUGAUAUUGACUUUGCAAAUUGUCUCCUAUCACUCGCUCUUCAACCCGAUCAUAUACGGACUGAAGAUGAAAGAAAUCUCUAAACACCUGAAGAAGUUGUUGUGUCGAUCAAAUCACACUAAUUCUACCGGGGUUCGGGGUAAAGGUUGA